ACGGGAAAUUUCAACAAUACAAAUAUCUUUAGAGAGAGAAAGAGAGAGAGAACAGUCAAGCUUCUUCAACUGGUUGCUUCAAGGAAAUUGCAGUCAAAUCUGAUACACGCGAGAUUCGCUGUUCUAGAAUUACGCGGAUUUAGGCGAAUUCGUGGAACCAGGCCGCCGUGCAAAUCCUCUCUUAUUCAACUGCUCAAACUUGUAGGUCUGAUUUGAAAGAGGGAGAGAGUGUGCGUGUCAAACAGUAGUUUGUUUCAUCUAGCGCAAUGGGAGGGGUAUGCUCUGGUGGGAUGAUGAAGGGACAAGGAUUCGAAGUUGAUGAUACAACAUUUUCUGGGAAGCUUACAUCUGCUAGGAGCUUUGAGAAGCCUAAGGAUAAUAAUCCUUAUCCUUCCUACCAGGCUGUUGAAAUCUAUGAAAAGAAUCCCGAAAGUUAUGCCUCUAUUGACCUUCACAUGUCUAUUUCGCGCGAGCUGAAGCCAUCAAUCCCGUUUGCCUCCGGGUCCACCAAGGUUCCGCAAAUGGGCUCAUUUCUUGGAAGAGCGAGAAUCGCCGGCCUGGAGAGAGCAGUUGAUGUCCUAGACACGCUUGGAAGCAGCGUGACAAAUUUGAAUUCCAACAGUGGCUUUAUUUCUGGCAUGGGUUUAAAAAAUAAUAAAAUAUGCAUCUUGGCUUUUGAAAUUGCUAACACAAUUGCAAAAGGUGCAAACUUGAUGCAAUCUCUCUCAGAAGAAAAUGUUCAGUUCCUGAAGAAGGAAAUUCUACAUUCAGAUGGCGUGCAGCGACUAGUUUCCACAGAUAUGAAAGAGUUGUUGAGCAUUGCUGCAACUGAUAAAAGAGAGGAAUUUGAGGUGUUCUCACGUGAAGUAAUUAGAUUUGGAAACCGAUGUAAAGACCCACAAUGGCACAACUUGGGGCGGUUUUUCUCAAUUUUGGAUUCUGACCAUGCACUCCAUAGACAAGAGCGUGAAGGGGUGGAAAAGACAAUUCAACAUUUGACCACUUUGGCUCAUCAUACGUCUGAGCUGUAUCAUGAGUAUAAUUCAUUGCUUAGAUUUGAAGAGGAUUUACGAAGGAAAGUUGAUGAAGUGGAAUCUCUAAAUCUCCCUAGAAAAGGAGAGGGCGUGAUGAUGCUACAGAGUGAGCUCAAGCAUCAAAGAAAGCUUGUAAGGAGCUUGAGAAGGAAAUCUCUUUGGUCUAAAAGCUUGGAAGAGGUUGUGGAGAAGCUUGUUGACAUUGUCACUUUCAUACAUCAAGAGAUACAUGAAGCAUUUGAAGACAAUGGCAUGUCACAAGUUGGCAGUUAUCCUAGUAAGAAGCACGACAGACUUGGGGUUGCUGGUCUUGCCCUGCACUAUGCUAACAUUAUUAAUCAGAUAGAUAACAUAGCAUCACGGCCUAUGUCACUUCCACCUAACAUGAGAGAUACACUAUAUCAAAGCUUACCAAACAGUGUCAAGUCAUCUCUACGCCCCAGGUGUCAAACAGUUGAUAAGGAACUUACGGUACCUCAAAUUAAAGCCGAAAUGGAGAAAACACUUAAAUGGCUUGUUCCUGUGGCUACAAAUACCACUAAGGCACAUCAAGGUUUUGGCUGGGUGGGAGAAUGGGCAAAUACUGGAAACGAUGUUUCGAAGAAGGGCGGGUCGCCAAACAGCCUGAUUCGAAUUCAGACUCUUUAUCAUGCCAACAUGCAAAAGAUGGAUCAACAUAUUCUGGAGCUAGUAACACUUCUUCACCAACUGAUUGGGUCAGUUAGGAAAAGAGAACACGGAGUGAUUAGAACACAGCCAGGCCGGUCUCCAACUUGCAAAAUUGGAGCUCAAAAACAGAUGACAGUUGUAGUGGUAGAUGAUUCUCAUAAGAAUCUGUUGGAAGAAAUGAUUAGGCAAACAAGGAAGAAGAAGAAGGUGUAUGGAAGAAGCAAAAGCUUAAAUUAUGGUUUGCCUUGUAAGAGAGGGACCAAACUAUGGGGACCGCCGAACAGGAGUGCCGAAAGCUCCCCAAAACGGAUGUUCAACUUGGACCGGACGAAUCCUAAUAAUAUAUUGGACGUAUAUGAUGGGUUAGAUACAAAAUUUCAUGAAUAGGUGAUAUUUAGGGUUUAGGGUUCCAUUGCUUUUUAAAUUUAUUGUAAAUAACAUUGUGCCUGAAAUUGGAAUUUUGUUAUAAUA